AUGGCGGUGUUUCUCAACCUUGAUGAGGACGACUGCGAAUCCCACAAUCGAUCGGCCGCGCCUGGGAUCCGUGAUUCGGCUCACCAAGAUCGGCUGAAAGCUGCUGGCCAGGGAGGAUCAGCUACGGUGGAAGGGAUGAACACGACGAAGAAUGUCCUGGCGGAGUCACGGAGCACCAACAAAGUGGCUGCUAUUUUGACCUGCUAUCCCGUGGCCUUGUCUAUAUCCUCCAAGCUCGAUCUCAAUGAUCUGGAUGCUCUAGCAGCCACAUGCCGCAGCGUCCACACCAGCUUGACACAAUAUGCGCGCCAGCUGAAGGCUCAUUCGUUGCGAUGCACCCACGAUGCGAGACCGGUGCUGGCGGAAGUGCUUGCUGCACCAACAGAAAGAUCACACCGGGAGGGGUCAUACAACAAUACACUCUUUUCCGGAGGGCCAGCAGCCUUGCAUCUGCCGGUACAGGUCGAGGCCGCCGUAAGACCACGGCCAGCCUCGCAACCGGAAGGACUUUAUUCCUCCGCGGGUGUAUCAAGUAAAAUCAGUUCUUGUGCCCGAGACUUGGUGGCUCCAUGCCGUCGAUGCGGGACUGCCGUCUGUCGCAAUUGCGCGGCAAAAUCUCCCAGUAAUGCCAGCUUGAAGGACCGAUAUCGAAGGUUGUGCAAGACCUGCCUGGAUGCCCCAAUAGGGGCACAUCUACAACCCCUCACUCCGGCCCACGACACGGUCGACGGACCACCAACGUCGAGUGCCAGCUCCAUCCGGUCGGAGAGGUCAUGCUCCGGGUCGUCAACCUCGAGUUCCACGUGUGCUCUCGAGGACCAUGAGCCCGAAAUUGACUAUCGGCGUUCUUUUACCUGGCCAGCCCUCCUCCGUGGUCCAUGCACUUGUGCGUCUCGCGGAGUCUUCCUGUGCGCUCCGUGUGGACAAAAUCUCGGAGCGGCGGACACCACCUAUAAGAGGGUGUGGACCUGGCGAUCUCGCUACUCGACCCAUAUCGGCGGAGGCCUGGGGACGGGUUUAGGAGAAGGAAAUCAGGGACAGAAAUGCGGCCGGGGUGAAGAUUGCCUCGAAACCAGUGGCAAAGCUGUGUGUUGGGUGGAGAUUGAUUGCUCGGAAGGCAAGGCACACGACAGUCUACGUGAGAACGAGGGAGGCGGGCCCAGUGGAAUAGGUACACCGGAUUAUAGCAACAACAAGCCCGGAUAUCUGCAGCAAGAGAUUGAAGGCAUUGGCGGGGUGGUCAAGAAGAAAGUGAAAAAGCGGGUCAAGGUUGGGGCCACGGUGUGGGAGUACGAGGAUGAGAGAGAAAGCGGCAAGUAUUUGGAACGAGAAGCCCAAGGCACUGUACGAAGCUGGUGCGGCUGGUGCGGGCGGGUGUGCCCGGGAGAAAGGGAUAAACAAGUCCUUGGAUGGACAUGUGCAGAAAAGUAA